CUUUGCACUUCCAAUUUUGCAUCCCAAUACGUCGAGGAUAUAGCUGCUUCCACCCUCAUUGACGCCUUUUCUCUUUUCUUCUUCCUUCUUCAUCUUUUCCUAUCUUUUUAUUUUCUUUCAUACUUCUCAACCCAUCCAAAUCCAACUUUUCCCCUUAUUUUGCUUCGUUUUUGGCUCCUCCCCUCUUUGUAAAAAACUACUUUUUUUCAUUUACCCUAGGCAAUAUAGAGCCAACUAAACCAUAAUAUUUCUCUCAAGCAUUACUUUAAUUUAUGAUUUUCCUAAGACCUUCCAUUUCUGCGCGGCUGGUCAAGGCUGGCGUCGCAGUUCCACGGCCAAGCCUUGGAUUUCCAGAUGCAGCGAUUACCACACGGCCGUUGCACACGACCUCGCUCCUAACCUCCGGCAAGAGAGGCGCUACUUCCAGAAUACCAUCCAGUAGGAGCUCCUGUGCCUCGAUUCAAGUCCGUCUAUUAGGCGCCAUUUCUAAACCUGUGUCUCGACAAACUCUCUUCGCUAGCCAUACAUCUCCAGUUUCUGCAUCGGCUACACUUCAGCAGCAACAUUCGCAACCUGACCCAGAGUUAGCGUCAUCGUUGCCCACAGACCACCCGAAGCUCAUUGGUUGGAUCCGAGCGCAACAGUCCCUACUCGAGCCUGACAAUGUCCAUUGGUGUGAUGGAUCUCAAGAAGAAUAUGAAAGCCUCGUCAAUGAUCUAGUCGACAGAGGAGUCAUGAUUCCGCUGAACAGCAAGCUACGUCCGGGAUCUUACUUGACAAGGACAGAUAUAUCUGAUGUUGCUCGGUCUGAAAGUUCAACAUUUAUUUGUAGUCAGCGUCAAAUUGAUGCAGGUCCAACAAAUAACUGGGUUGACCCUAAUGUGAUGCGUGUUGAACUUGAGAGAUCCUUCCGUGGCUCCAUGAGAGGCCGAACUAUGUAUGUCAUUCCGUUCAGUAUGGGGCCAAUUGGAUCACCUCUUGCUCGAAUCGGUGUGCAGGUCACUGAUUCGCCGUUUGUAGUGGUCAAUAUGCGCAUCAUGACACGAAUUGGCCAGCCAGUCUUGGAUGCGCUUGGUACUGAUAAUGAAUUCGUACCAUGUGUACAUUCAGUGGGAAAGCCAUUGGAGCCUGGGGAAAAAGACGUUUUAUGGCCCUGUAAUAUACCCCAGCGAAAAGUGGUUCACUUUCCUGAAUCGCGUGAGAUUUGGAGCUUUGGUAGUGGAUAUGGAGGAAAUUCGCUAUUGGGCAAAAAAUGCUUAGCAUUAAGAAUCGCUUCAGUAAUGGCCCGUGAUGAGGGUUCUUUGGCAGAGCAUAUGCUUAUUUUGGGACUCACAAGUCCAGAAGGCAAAAAAUACUAUGUUGCAGCAGCUUUUCCAAGUGCAUGUGGCAAGACAAAUCUAGCCAUGCUUCAGCCAACACUACCUGGAUGGAAGGUUCAAGUUGUCGGCGAUGAUAUUAAUUGGAUGAAGUUUAAUCCUAAAGAUUCACGUUUAUAUGCCAUCAACCCUGAAGCGGGUUUCUUUGGCGUUGCUCCUGGCACUUCAGCCAAAACUAAUCCUAAUGCGAUGGAGACUAUUUACAAAAACACUCUUUUCACUAAUGUUGCUCUCACAGAAAAGGGGGAUGUUUGGUGGGAAGGGAUGACAAAGGCCCGACCAGAAGGCAAAGUUAUCAAUUGGAGAGGCGAGGUAUGGGAGCCAUCCAUGGGUGAACGAGGUACCCCAUUAGCUCAUCCAAAUUCAAGAUUCACUGUAUCUUUGGAUCAAUGCCCAGUUAAGGAUCCAGCUUGGGAUGAUCCAAACGGUGUACCUAUUUCUGCAAUCAUUUUUGGGGGCCGACGGGAGAAGACAGUACCACUUGUGUUCCAGACCAAGGACUGGAACCACGGUGUUCUUGUAGGCGCCACUGUCGCUAGUGAAAAAACCGCUGCUGCGGAAGGAAGCGAUUUGGGACAGUUGAGGUUUGACCCAUUUGCCAUGCUUCCGUUUGCUGGAUACAACAUGGGUGACUAUUUUAGCCAUUGGCUUUCGAUGCCAAAUCGCGUCAAGGACCCAUCCAAGUUGCCCAAAAUCUUUCACGUCAACUGGUUCCGCAAGGACGCCAAAGGCUCCUUUAUGUGGCCCGGAUUUGGUGACAAUUCGAGGGUACUAAAAUGGAUUGUGGACCGUUUGGAGCGGCCUGAUGACAAGAGCCUGUUUACAUCUACACCAAUUGGUUACGUCCCUAAACCUGAGUCGCUUGAUCUUCAAGGGAUUGAGAAGCAAGUGCAGGGUGAUGUGAUGAUGAAUCUGUUAAAGGUGGACGGAGAGGCAUACCUUUCUGAAGUGAAUAAGGCACGCGAAUACUUUAAGCGCUUUGGCGAUCGUUUCCCUGCCAAGCUGACAAAGGAGCUGGAUGAUCUCGAGGAUCGUCUCAAAAAGAACCAAGGUGUAUGAGCAAUGAAUAUCAAGGGUGUCGAUAGUUUCUUUAGUUGCUGUACUUUGCAAAAAAAAAAAAAGGAGGGG